AACUUCUCCUUAUGUGUAGGUUCUUGCUGUGGGCGUGGCCAGGAAGUCGCCCCGCCCCUCCGCCUCUCUCCAUCAGCAUCUGUGAGAGUGAGCGAGGCUCAGGGCAGAGCAGGAUCUGCAACACUGGUGGCUUCAGACAGGCUGCAGUAAAUCUGUUUAUUCUGAUGGUUUCACAAACCGUAGGAUGGGAUUUACUUUAAUCGACAGAUACAGCUCACUUCUCUUAGUGCUGGAAUUAGUGUCUUUACUCCAACGGACGAGCUCCACAGGGACAUGUGAAGCAGUGUUUAAGGGAUUUUCGGACUGUUUGCUCAGCCUCGGUGAAAAUAUGGUCAACUUUCCCCAGGAGCUAGAUGACAGAGAGAACCUGCAGACCAUCUGCUCGUACUGGGAUGACUUCCAUUCAUGCGCCUCCACAGCAAUUGCUGACUGCCAGGACGGAGCAGUAGACCUCUGGGAAAAGCUCAAAGUGCAAUCCAGGAGUCUAAACUACAAAGGGAGUCUAUUUGAACUGUGCUCAAGAGAUAACGGAGCACCCAGACUUGGUUUAACUUGGAACCUGGAAGUGACGAUUUUGUUGACAGCUGGUCAAGUGGUGACUUGGCUCACUUUUUGAAUGAUACCGCCAUGUUCAUAAUUGACCCCAAGCAAAUGACCAAAUGGAUCAACCUUCAGUGGACCUUUAAUGUAUUUCUUCAUCAACAAUGGAAAUGACUUCACAUCACUCGCUCUUGGUGCACAGAUGGAGAUUCUGGAACAGAUGAUGAACCCUUUGAAGAAAAUCCAAAGGCAUUGGAUAGUGGAUACCUUGUAAGGCAUUUGAUCUGGAAUUAAGCAUUCAUAGUAUUGGAUCAUAUGAAGGUCUUAUAACUUCAUUUGGAAUUAUAGUUAGUAUUUGGAUGUUUGGGACUGGUAAUAUUUUGUUGUAUCUGUCUUUUCAGUAGGGUUGGUAUCUACUGAUUCUAGUAAGAAUGCUGUUAUUAGUAUUAUCAGUAGUAGGGAUGCACUGAAUUGUGAGACAGAGCCUGAAGGGAGAGUCAUAAAAUGGAUGGUUUAAGUUCAUUUUUACGAUCUACUCACAUACAUUAAAAAAACUUAAUUAAAUAAAAUUGGAUUUAAGUUUAUUAGUUUAUUAUGUCUUCACAAACUGGGUCUUGUCCAGCAGUACAGAUACAAGAUGUGCAGGACUAGGAUAGUGAUGUUAGCUAGCUGUUUGAUUACCUGACUGUCUUUUGAAUAAUUUCACUCACAUAUGACUGGAAUAGGGUAAAUUGAGAUAAAUUUGCAUGUUUGUAAUGUUUGGUAUUGUGUUUGAAAAUUUAUUUUAGUGCAUCCCUAAUUAUGAGAAAUUAACAAAACCUUUUAAGGUAACCCCCUUCAAAUUAAUCUCAGGAAGAUUUGUUUUAAGAGUUUUAACUCACUUUUUGAAUAACCUUUACUGUAAAAGACUUCAGGGUUGUCUAAUUUAGUACUGAUUGCCAAAAUUUUCAAACGUCUUACCUCAUCCCAAUUGUUGUACUUGUGUAAAUACACUUAUAUUACAUACUGGCACAGUAUUUUAUGCCCAUUAGCUUAGUAAUCUAAACUAGUAUAGAAUUGUGUGUUGAGCUAUUUAGCAACAUACCAUAAAAAGUUUUAAAAACAAAGCUCGGAGAUCAUUUUUUAUAGAUGUAAGCUUUAAUAGAACAAUUUGAAGUAAAAAUACAGUUGUUCCUACCCCUUACCCCAAAUUGAUUAAUCAAGUUUUGGUGUCUUUAGUUCUGCGCUGGAGCUACAAGGCUAACAAUGCUAACAGGUAAUGUAAUGGAAUACAUAGGGAUGUAGUGGAAUGAUUUCAGGGUUUGUAACAUCCACAACAUGAAAACACAACAAGAUAAAUGAAUCUAAGGCCCAAAAAUAAUAUAAUAUUUAGCUUAAUAUCCAAUAAGUGAAAUGCAGUUUGUAUUAUGUAUUGUUUUAACCUAAGGCUUCUAAGGCUUCCAUUACUUGUUAGCAUUUGUAGCCACAAAUGCCAAUAUAUACAAGGGUACAAUAGCAGCAGUUUUGUCUGUGCUUUUGUCAUAUACAUAUAAAUAAAGGUGAUUUUUACAGAGUCAGAAAUUGUUUGUAAAACAUGUGUAAUGCGUGUGUAACGCAACAAGGCCAGACAUCUUGGAGCAGAGUUGUAGAGGUUCCUAAUAGUGUCCUGCAAUAAGCCAUUCCUUGCAGCUUAAAUAUUCACACUGUUCCUGCUGAUUUUGCAGGGGGGUUAGAGUGUUGAUAGCGGAUCAAAUAGAAUUUCACAUGAUGCAGCUAGCCAUGGCAUAGCAUCUUUGUCUUCAAAGUAAGCUUUUGAGAUGUUAGCAGUAUGUGAAUGAGCCUUGUCCUGUUGGAAUAGCAGAAAAGGUAUUACAGUAUUACAGCCUGUAAUGAAGGCUAAAGGUGAUGUGUUGUGGUGGCAGCACAACCAGAGAAUGGAGGCAAGGUCAAUGGUUUGUUGGCAGGCGUCGCAUGUCGAGAAGAAUCUCUCAGUGGUUUUAAUGAUUAUGCUCAAUAUAAGAUUUUUGGGUGGAACAGUGAUGAUAUAUUUCUUUCACAAAUGGAAAAUGGUACUCCACGUGUCUGAGAUUAUUUUUAAGGUGGAGUAAAUGCGCACGCAGCAGCAAAGCCUGCAGCCUCUUCAACUGCCGCAGAGUGCCAACCACUCGUGCAUCUGUCCAAAUCACAUUACGCAUUGUUAACAAAUAGCACGAGCGCUCGCUUAAUUAGGGGGAAGAGGCAGGAGCAAAGCUUUAGCAGCAGAAGCAUCGCUGUGGAGGCAACACAGAUGUCUUGUAUCCUGUAGACUGGGCUCCUGGCUGGGUUCGUAACACGUGCUGUGCUGAGGGUCCAAAGUGGUCCCUGAACGAGCUGCUCCGAGCGGAGGGAACACAUCUGUCUUCCUCUUGUGCCUCAUUAUGGCGAUGAUAUAGAUGGGGAAUUAACAGCGAGAUAUCUGUUUGUUUAAAAAGAUGCUCAUGUUGUCUUCACAUAGGUCAGCUUGUACGUACAUUGUAGGCUAAUUAAGGAGAAGUGACUUAAGGGAGCGCUCUGGGGUAACGUGUUCUACCAAAGAAUGGGUCGAAUCUAAUCGCAACAUACUGUAUAUAUUUACUGCACAGCUUUGGUCUAAUUAAUUAUGAAUCAGAAUUAAAUGUGGAUCACUAAAUUCCUGGGAUGUACUAAAUCUAAUCUAGAUGUAGAGCAUAGAUAAUAGUGAUGUAUGAACAUGCUAUGCUUUUUACAUCAAUACACUCAUUGCUAAAAACAUAAUUGCACCCAGAAGGAAUCAGUCAACAAGGAUGAAACUUGGUAGAUAAUAAGUCAGACUGUUAUGGAGUGAAUGGAAGUGGAUCUUCUUCAGUGACGAGUCAUGCUUUUAUCUUGGCAUGAGGAGCCACCAUGGUCAGCAUACACUUUGGUUCACUAUUCCAACAGGAAAAUGCUUGCACCCCAUGCUGCUGCCAUCGCAAGAGCUUUUCUUAAAGCCACAGCUACUCUGCCAUGGCCAGCUGCAUUGCCAGACCUUUUCCUCAAAAUGUGUGGGAUGCUAUUGGAUUUACUAUUAACUCUCCACCCUACCACACAAUCUGCAGGAACUGUGUGAACAUUCAAGCUGCAUGAGAUGGAUUAUCAGAGAACACUAUUAUAAAUUGAACUGAACUGAAGUCCACAGGAUUUGUUCGUAAUGCUAAGCAAAGUGUCUGUUCAAGGAUAAAGUCCCAUCCUUCAACAAAAAGAGCCACUUGUUUGUGCAACCACCCUCCUUGCUGUGGAGAUGUGCGCAGGCGCAGUAUUCAUAUUGUGCCAAAAAAAAAUCACGAUAAAAAUGUUUUUGUGCUUGUUUGCAUUUUUUAAAUGGCAGUUAGACUUUUGUUUUUGAGUCUUUUGGUCUCUCUACAUUCAAACAGGUAGGAGGUGGUCUUAUAUCAUAAGGGGCUAUAACUGCUCUGGCACAGUGGCAAGAUGGCCGAUCAGUGAAGUGGCUUGCGUAUAAAAACAUUAAACACUACUUUUGUAUCUAUAACUUAAUAAACAUGACCAAUAAUUCUUAAUAAUUUGUUGUUCCUGAUAAUCUUUAUCUUCCUUUUGAAUAGCAUUGCAAUAUGAAACUUACCUUCGGUAAAAAAACUGUUUCUUUGACGGUGAGUGUAUGCAUGUAAUUUAUUUUAACGAAAACAUUUUUACAGUUGUGUGUAAUGAAUUUAAAGUAGAAAUUCAUAAGUGACAUAUUCCAUAAAAUUUUGAUGACAGAUUGAAGAUUUAAUGGGGAUUUACUUACUUAUACAGAUAAAGUACUUUUGUUGUAACUUACUGUUGACAAUUUUAUUUGAUUUGACUGAAAUACAUUAUUGAUUACAUUACAAGAAAUUAAGUGCAUGUACUGCAUACUGACUCCUAUCACUGCCACCACCAUACUUCACCAAAAUCGAACACUGUUUCUGUCUAACAGACAGCUGACCACACUUUAUAGGAUAUUUUGUUAUUGCUUUGAGCUUGGAAUGAAAUAAAAAGUGACCAGUGUGACUAAUACAAUAAA